ACCUAUAAAAAAAAAACAAUUUUAUUCAUAAAAUGCUAUUAAUUUACAUAGCUGUCUGCCGGAGGCCGUGUCUUGGAAUUAGUGAAGGUAAUUAGCUCAUUCCAUGAUGACAUUAUCUAUCAAUUAAUUAUACCUAUCUUAAUAAGGACAUGCAUUUUUUUUCCACUUGUUUUCCCCUCAGAAAGUGUGAAGGUGAUCACAGACAUCUCUGCAGUGCAAGCAGUGAUAUUGAGCUCACAGCUGAAAGAAAUGUUGUGGAAUCUUGGUUCCCAGGAUAUAUCUCUAGUGAUGUACAAGCCCAUCAAACUUAUUUAUCAUCCCAGAGAACCUUUCUUUAUCAUCAGAAUGCCAAAGAAGAUCACUGCAGUAUUUCCUAUGCGUUUCAGAGACAAUACGGAUGUGAUUAUUGCGACAGCCUUCUUCCAGGAACUCAUGGAUGUGGGAUGUUCAGCAGAAUGGGUCAAAGCACCUCCUUGCACCUGGUCACCCAUACCUCCUCCAGAGUUAAGAGGAGAGACUUUCGAAGAUCUGAGCACAAAUGGAGGAUUCGUCUCCUUUGAUAUUUUCUCACGUCAUGUUGAAGGAGAGAAGCUUGACAGGACUGCAUGGAGUCUAUUGAACUUCUAUGCUUAUGUGAAGUAUCAUGUAAAGUGUACCCGAGGUUUUAUACAAAGAAGGAUGAGGAAGCGUUCGGAAAGUCUAGCACAGGUCCUGCAGGAAUCAGGGAUAGGAGAAGAUGAACAGUACAAGGAAGUCCGAGGGUGUAAGUACAUGAGGAAAGUGCUAACCUUCUCAAAAUCAAAAAUCUUUAAAGGGAAGUGUUACAGUUUUAGCAAGAAGGUCAAGAGAAUCCAUUCCCCAAUUAAACUUCAUGCAUUCAAUCGGUUCCGACGACGAUUGUUGAAAAUUCCAAAAUUUAAUUCCAUGAAGAGAUAUGGCAAAUUAGACUAAUUCUAAUAAUGCCCCAAAUUAUGUUUCUUUGCAGUCCUAACUUCAUGAUCUGUAACAUAUGGAAUGUAUGCUAGAAAUUUGUGAUUGUAACAGCAUUGAAGCAACCACAAAGAAGACACUAUUGAUUUCACAUGAUACAAUUAUGCCUAGCUGAGUUAUGUAUACAAAAAUUCUCAUUCAUCUGACUAUGUUCAUGUUUGAAAGUGAAAAAAAGAAAUUAAGCCCA